GUCGAUGGAUAAGCUUCGUGUGAGCUAAGACAGUGCCCUAACUACAAGAGAACCAACCCACCAUCAAGGCUCCAUAUUAAAGGGGGAAACCCAACAUCCCACAUCAGGAACAACCACAACGACCGUUAUCGCGAGAUAAUCGAUACCAGCAGUGCAGAAACAACCCAUUUAGUUGUCUUUCUUUAAAUUUCAAGAAACGGGCGAUUAGAAGAUAUGAGUUGGACCUGUAGUAACUAUCUUUGCCUGUCAAGCUCAAGCUCUAGCUCUCUUAUCGAUUCCCAUGAACUUACGCUGUUUAAUAGGUGCAAGUUGUCUUCUGAGUAUAAAGAGCUGAGAAGAAAAGAUCAUGACUCCUUGAGGCCAAUAAAUACUUGUGCUUACCUUGGCUUGAAACCUCCAACUCAUAAACUUGAUAAAGGGCAAAGAAAGAAAGAUUGUGUCUUAAACAAGCCAAAAAACAUUUGUGCUUACUACAGCUUGAGACCUCCAUCUUAUAAGUUUGAUGCGCUAGAGCCGUAUAUGAGCCAGAGGACUCUUGAGGUGCACUGGGGGGAGCAUCAUCGUGGUUAUGUGGAAAGUUUGAACAAGUAUCUAGAGAAGGACGAUAUAUUGUAUGGAUACACAAUGGAUGAACUGAUCAAAGUGACAUAUAACAACGGAAACCCAUUGCCAGAAUUUAAUGUUGCGGCUCAGGUCUGGAACCAUGAUUUCUUCUGGGAAUCCAUGCAACCAGGAGGUGGUAACUCACCAACAUUGGGUCUACUGCGGCAGAUUGAAAAGGAUUUUGGUUCCUUCUCAGAUUUCAGAGAAGAGUUCAUCGAAAAUGCCCUUACCUUAUUCGGCUCUGGCUGGGUUUGGCUUGUUUUAAAGCGGAAUGAGAAACGGCUUGCAGUAGUUCAAACGACAAAUGCUAUAACCCCGCUCGUGUGGGAUGAUAUUCCUCUUCUUAGUUUGGAUAUGUGGGAGCAUUCUUAUUAUUUGGAUUACAAGAACAACAAAGCCCAGUACGCUAAUGUGUUCAUGGAUCAUCUCGUCUCAUGGAAUAUGGCAUUGGCACGCAUAGCUUAUGCUCAGUCCUUUGUAAAUCUAGGAGAACCCAAGAUCCCGGUUGCCUAACGUCUCUUAUCUUUCGUGUUUAGAUGGUAAGUUGUGCUAGUUAUUUACUGUAACUUAUAUUUCGAAAAAAUGUUGAGCUUUUAAUUUUUACGGCUGUUGUAAAUGCACGGCCGCUUUGGUAGUUGUGCUUGUGUAGUAUGUAAGCAAUGUUGUUUCGUCUAGGGGUGUCAAUGAACCGAGUUGGGUAGCAGGUUGUUUAGACACGGCUUGAGAAAAUAAUAUUAGACUCGAGUUCGAAUGAUUUUUCCAAAUUAGUGCUCAAGGUCGAUGCUUGAUUAAC